AUGGCCAAAGCCGAGUCCGAUCUCAGAUCCAUCCUCGAUGGCGGCUUCGAUCCUCACGAGUUCCCCUGGUACGAGCCAGAGCUGGUUGAGGUUCCCGAGCCAGCAAAGUCUCUACUCGAAAAGUACAGCAAAAUCCCACCCGGGCACGAGGUGGCACAUGUGAAGAAAGUGUUCCCGUACCCUUGUAUUGGAUCAUUCCGGUUCCUGGAUUUGAGCAUCCCACAAUCACCACUAUACCCUGAAGUCCUUGAUAGACUGAAGUCAGGCCAGAAACUGCUCGAUGUCGGAUGUGCAGUCGGGCAAGAGCUGCGUCAAUUGGUCUUCGACGGCGUCCCCUCUGAGAACCUCUAUGCCUCAGACCUGCGCCAAGACUUCUACGACAUUGGGUACGACCUUUUCAACGACCACGAUCACCUCAAAGCCCAGUUCAUUGUAGCAGACAUAUUCGACGACAACUCCGAUCUAGUCAAGAAUCUGACGAACAGAAUUGAUAUUGUGAACGCCGCUUCCUUCUUCCAUCUUUUCAACUGGAACCAGCAGGUUCUGGUUGCAAAGCGGCUUGUCGGGUUACUGCAGGAUAAACCCGACUCCCUAAUAAUCGGGCGACAGAUUGGUCUAGUUAACCCUCCUCCUCCGGAAGAUAAGGAGGCCGCUGUAAAGCACUAUCGUCAUGAUCCUGCUACGUGGAAGAAGUUCUGGGGGCAGGUGGGUGCUGAAACGGGGACGAAAUGGGAGGUUGAGACUAGGAUGGAGAAGUGGGCUGGGGCGGAUAAGAUGAUGAAAGACUACCAUGAGGGGAUGGACACUUUCAAGCUGAGAUUUAGUGUUCGGAAGUUGUAG